AAAAAAAUUGCACUCUAAAAUGUCCUCCGCUAAAGAGGAAUGGGACAACAUUCCACAGGCCACAACUCUAUGCAAAGGAGAAGUGUCCCGGAGGAGGAGGCACCGGGAGCUACCCCCUUCUCAUCCCAAGGAUCCCGGAAUACACGGACCGUUGCACUGUGGUAGUGAGGGAACAGGAAGUUCCAGACAGACGCGCAACAUUCUUCAGAAAAAAGGCGUCAGAACUGUGCAGUCAAGAAGAUAACCUUAAUAUCCGUUUCAAUUUAUUACGACAGUAUGAGGCCGGUAACAUCAACAGUGAGGACAAUCCCAGCCUGCCUCUCUCCUUCCACACUGAGUCCAAACCUACAGUCACUGGGUCCUGAUUGUGACAUUGGAGCCCAGUUUGCACCGCAGGAUCCAGAGAUGGCAUCAGUGAAGCUGGAAGACUGCAGUCAAACACAGGAGCUGAAUGUUAACAUUAAAGAUGAAGAAGAGGAGGAGAAGAUUGGGAAAUCUGUUUCUCAUGGGAGUCCAAACCUACAGUCACUGGGUCCUGAUUGUGACAGUGGAGCCCAGUUUGCACUGCAGGAUCCAGAGAUGGCAUCAGUGAAGCUGGAAGACUGCAGUCAAACAAUGGAGCUGAAUGUUGACAUUAAAGAUGAAGAAGAGGAGGAGAGGAUUGGGAAAUCUGUUAGUCAUGGAGACCAUGUUGAGACAUUCUCUACAUCCAGAGAGCAACAGCAGGAAGAUCACAGAGCUAAGAGGUCUCACCACUGCCCACAUUGUGUGGAGAUUUUUCCAAUUCUAUCAAAGCUAAAAACACACCUAAAAAUACACACAGGAGAGAAUCCGUAUUCCUGUACUGACUGUGGGAAGAGAUUCACAACAUCAGGGGUUCUGACAGUUCAUCAAAGAGUGCACUCUGGAGAGAAGCCUUACUUCUGCUCUGACUGUGGAAAGAGUUUCUCUAAACAGAACAACUUAAAAUAUCACCAGCGAAUACAUACAGGAGAGAAGCUUUACUCCUGCUCUGACUGUGGGGCGAGUUUCUCUCGACUCAAUACCUUAAAAACACACCAAUUUAUACAUACAAGUGAGAAGCCUUACUCCUGUUCUGACUGUGGUAAGAGUUUCUCUGUAAUGGGCAACUUAAAAACACAUGAACGUAUACAUACAGGAGUGAAGCCUUACUCCUGCUCUGACUGUGGAAAGAUUUUCUCUCAACUGGGCCACUUAAAAAGACAUGAACAUAUACAUACAGGAGUGAAACCUUACUACUGCUCUGAUUGUGGAAAAUGCUUCACAACAUCAACUCAGCUUAAAGUUCAUCAGAGUACACACACAGAAGAGAAGCCUUACCCCUGCUCUGCCUGUGGGAAGAGUUUCUCUCGACGGGGCCUCUUAAAAACACAUGAACUUAUACAUACAGGAGUGAAGCCUUACUCCUGCUCUGACUGUGGAAAAUGCUUCACAACAUCAACUGAGCUAAAAGUUCAUCAGAGAACACACACAGGUGAGAAGCCGUACUCCUGCUCUGACUGUGGAAAGAGUUUCUCUGUAAUGGGCAACUUAAAAACACAUGAACGUAUACAUACAGGUGUGAAGCCUUACUCCUGCUCUGACUGUGGAAAAUGCUUCACAACAUCAACAGAGCUAAAAGUUCAUCAGAGAACACACACAGGAGUGAAGCCUUACUCCUGCUCUGACUGUGGAAAGAGUUUCUCUGUACUGGGCAACUUAAAAAUACAUGAACAUUUACAUACAGGAGUGAAGCCUUACUCCUGCUCUGACUGUGGAAAAUGCUUCACAACAUCAACUGAAAUAAAUGUUCACCAGAGAACACACACAGGAGUGAAGCCUUACUCCUGCUCUGACUGUGGAAAGAGUUUCUCUGUACUGGGCAACUUAAAAACACAUGAACGUUUACAUACAGGAGAGAAGUCUUACUCCUGCUCUGUCUGUGGAAAGCGUUUCUCUCAAAUGGGCCAGUUAAAAAGACACCAAGGUAAACAUAAAGGAGAGAAGCCUUACCACUGAUCUGACUGUAUAAAAUGUUUUAAAACAACAGCUGAGCUAAAAGGUCAUCAGAGAACAGAUACAGGAGAGAAGCCUUACUUAUUUUCCUAAUGUGGCAAGAGUAACUCAAGUGAAAGUCAUCAAGUAAAAUACUACUUGAGUAAAAGUCUAAAAGUAUUUGGUUGUAAAUAUAUUUAUGUAUCAAAAGUAAAUGUAAUAGCUAAAAUAUACUUGAGUAUCAAAAGUAAAAGUAUGAAUCAUUUCAAAUUACUUAAAAUCAUCUCUAUGGGAUGGGUGUCCCUAAACCAGACGGUUGUUGCUAACUUGCGCUAAUGUGACUAGAAAGACCUUGUAUUCAACAGCCAACUUUCCAGGACAUUGACAAGCUUAAAUUCUUGCUAAUCUAACUGCAGUGUCCAAUUAACAGUAGCUAUUACAUUGAAAAAAUACCUUGCUAUUGUUUGAGGAGAGUGUACAACAACAACUUGUAUCACGGCAACUGGUUUGAUACCUUCACCUCUGAAGGUAAAUAAUGUACUUACAUUCAGUAAUCUUGCUCUGAUUUGUCAUCCUGAGGUUCCCAGAGAUGAAAUGUAAUAUGGUUUUGUUUGAUUAAAAUACAGUUUUAUGUUCAAAUGUAGGAACUGGUUUCUACAUUUUGAACCCCUGUUGUCUCUGGCUCCACACUCACCCCGCCCGGCCAUCUAGAUGUGUGAAAGUUAGUGUAUAAGCUAAAUGAUCCAUCGUGUAUGACUUUCCUGAGUGUGUAAUCUUACCUUUAUUAUUACCAUAGCAUUUGUAUAUGUUCUCUAUAGUUAUGUACUUAAAUGUAUCAAUUGACCAAUUCGGGACGUUUGGGCAAACUCCUGGCAGACUUGAUACAGUGCAGUAAUGUGAUUCUUCACUGCAUCAGUCAAACUGUGCACACACACUGCUGCCAUCUGGUGGAAAGAAAUAUAAAUUUCACCUAGACUCCUAUCUGAAAGUAUUGACUUUCUCUUACAUUUCAAUGAUGAUGAAAAAUAAAAACGUUUUUUGUUUGUUUGUAUUAUCUUGUACCAGAUCUAUUGUGUUAUAUUCUCCUACAUUAAUUUCACAUUUCCACAAACUUCAGUGUUUCCUUUCAAAUGGUAUCAAGAAUAUGCAUAUCCUUGCUUCAGGUGCUGAGCUAUAGGCAGUUAGAUUUGGGUAUGUCAUUUUAGGUGAUUUUUUUUUUUUUUAAGUGUACGAUCCUUAAGACGUUUUUAAGCAAACCAGAUGGCACAAUUGUGUUGUUUUUAUAUUGCAGUAAUUAAAUAAAGUUUGUUUUUAAGAAAUGUAAAAAUCUCUCCUUUUGAUUACAAUAAUUCCACCACAAUAUCUAACAUCAUUGCCAAUCAGGUGCAUCCCUUCAUGGCGGCAGGAUUAUUCCUUGUGCCACAAGGCUGGGAUUGUCCAGGAAUGGUUCCAAGAACAUUACAGUGAAUUCAGCUCACUCAAUUCACUGUAAUUGUGCAUCUGUGGGAGGAGAUGGAACAAGCAAUUUGGAGUAGAUCCACACCCAGCCAAUUUGACACAAUUGUAGGAAGCAUUGGAGUCAACAUGGACCUGCAUCCCUGUGGAACGCUCUCAACACCUUGGACAGUCCAUGCCCCGACGAAUUGAGGCUUUUCUGAGGACAGAGGGGGGUGCAACUCAAUAUUAGUAAUGUGUUUCUGUUUUGUGCACUCCGUGUAGAUCAGAUAAAGAUGGUGCGAUGAUCAGUUUUUUGUAUUCUUUUGGGUGGAUUAUUAUAUAUUACUUAACAACUUUUGUUAAAUGGUAAACAGGCUAUGAAUUUAUUAAAUUGUAUUUUAAUACUAGAUUCAUUAUUUUAGUCAUUGAUGAAUGUAUUUGA